UCUGAGUGUUAUUUUUUUUUUUUUCCUCUCUUCACCAACUUCCUUCCUGCUCCAACUGCCAGAGCUCGGGGCUGAGCGCUGACAGCAGAGGAGGACCCCGGCCGCAGGCGCCGCUCCGCCGACCAAGCCACCAUGACUGAGAAGACGCAGGAGCCUCAUGUGGAGGAUGAUGAUGAUGAGCUGGAUGGGAAACUCAACUACAAACCUCCUCCGCAGAAAACGCUGCAGGAGCUGCAGGAGUUGGACAAGGAUGAUGAAAGCCUCGCUAAGUACAAGAAGUCCCUGCUGGGAGAUGGACCUGUGGUAGUAGACCCAACAGCUCCCAAUGUGGUGGUCACCCGACUCACUCUGGUUUGUGACUCUGCUCCAGGACCCAUCACCAUGGACCUUACAGGUGACCUCGAAGCACUCAAGAAAGAGACCUUCGUAUUAAAGGAAGGGGUGGAAUACAGAGUUAAGAUCCACUUCAGAGUAAACAGGGACAUUGUGUCGGGACUGAAAUACGUGCAGCACACCUACCGGACAGGGGUGAAGGUGGACAAAGCCACGUUCAUGGUUGGCAGCUACGGGCCACGGCCAGAGGAGUACGAGUUCCUGACGCCCGUUGAGGAGGCUCCCAAGGGUAUGCUGGCUCGAGGCACCUACCACAACAAAUCCUUCUUCACGGAUGAUGACAAGCACGACCAUCUCACCUGGGAGUGGAACCUGUCCAUCAAGAAGGAAUGGACAGAAUGAGUUCACCCAGUUUGCCUUCCCCCUUCCCGUCCCCUUGCCUCCUGCACCAGUCUCCAGGCCUUUGCUGCUUCUUCUGAUACACUGAGAACAACCCAGCCACCACCCCAUCAUGACCAUAAUGGGUUAAAUUGGGAAAGCACCUCCCUCCCUCUCCCCCUGUACUUCCUCCUGUUGUCCCCAUCUCUCCCAUACCAACUCCAGUCCUGGAAGUGCCUUUUCGAGGAAACAAGGUCACCUGGCAGGGGUGGACUGGUCCCUGGAAAAUCCCUCUCUUGAGUUACACUUGCCAUGUGCUCUGACUCAUUGUAAAGGGUUACUUACCUCCCGUGAUGGUCUCCUGGUCUGUGUCUGGUGCCCUACCCUGUUAAAAUCCAUCCUUGUGCAGGCAAAGCCAGUCAGGGGGAAUGCAGCUAGAUGCCGUAACAAGACUUCAGUGUCUGAGAAUAAAACCAGUUUCUUUCUUC